AUUGAAUUCGCUAAUGGCACAUUAACAGCACAGUGAGCGCACACUCUUUUUCGACAAUUCGCUCAACAUGGCCGUCGCCGACUCUGCGUCGCCAGUCCCGGGCGCAGACUUCUUUUUCAAGGGCGAGUCUGGCCGCAACACCAGAGGCCUCCUUCGUCUCAUCAUCCUCUGCACCAUUGCAGCAGCUGCCAUCGCCGCGCGACUGUUCUCCGUCAUCAGAUUCGAAUCCAUCAUUCACGAAUUCGAUCCAUGGUUCAACUUUCGAGCAACGAAAUACCUCAUAGCCAAUGGUUUCUAUAAAUUCUGGGAUUGGUUUGACGACCGAACAUGGCACCCUCUUGGACGUGUCACAGGUGGCACGCUCUACCCAGGCCUCAUGGUGACCUCCGGCGUCAUUUACCAUGUCCUUCGAUUCCUUACCCUACCCGUCGAUAUCCGCAACAUCUGUGUGCUUCUUGCACCAGCCUUCUCCGGCCUCACGGCCUUCGCCAGCUACCUUCUUACCGCCGAGAUGAGUGACAGUCCAUCUGCCGGUCUGCUCGCAGCCGCCUUCAUGGCUAUCGCGCCAGGAUACAUCAGCAGGAGUGUAGCUGGAUCAUAUGAUAACGAGGCCAUCGCCAUCUUCCUUCUCGUAUUCACUUUCUAUCUGUGGAUCAAGGCAGUGAAGGUGGGAAGCAUUAUGUGGGGAGGUCUCUGCGCACUUUUCUACGGAUACAUGGUCAGCGCAUGGGGAGGUUACGUCUUCAUCACGAAUCUGCUCCCACUGCAUGCUUUCGUGCUGAUCUGUAUGGGCCGCUUCAGCCCUCGUCUGUACGUCAGCUACACCACCUGGUACGCCCUUGGAACCUUAGCCAGCAUGCAGAUUCCAUUCGUCGGAUUCUUGCCGGUGAGAAGCAGCGACCACAUGGCAGCUCUAGGUGUCUUCGGCCUCGUCCAGCUGGUCGGCAUUGCUGAGUGGAUUCGACCUCAGCUGAAGUCUCAGCAAUUCCAGACCCUGCUCCUGACCUCGGUCCUGGUCAUCUUCCUGGUUGCUUUUGGUGGUCUUGUCCUACUCACUGUCUCUGGAGUCAUCGCGCCGUGGAGUGGACGAUUCUACUCACUUUGGGACACUGGAUACGCCAAGAUUCACAUUCCAAUCAUUGCCUCCGUCUCUGAGCAUCAACCCACUGCAUGGCCAGCAUUCUUCUUCGACCUGAACUUGUUGAUCUGGCUUUUCCCCGCCGGCGUGUACAUGUGCUUCCGUAACCUCAAGGACGAGCAUGUAUUCGUGGUCAUCUACGCUGUGCUCGCCAGCUACUUCGCUGGAGUCAUGGUACGUCUCAUGUUGACCUUGACCCCAAUUGUUUGCGUCGCUGCUGCAAUGGCACUCAGCCAAAUACUGGACAAUUUCCUUGUAGCCAAGCAGCCAACCGAACCCUCCUCAGCUCAGUCGAAUGGAAGCGCGAAGGGACCAUCUGAUUCCAAGGACAAACUCUCGUCUAUCGUACCAGAGUCGCUUCGUUCCACGAAGUCGCCGCUCGUUGGAAUCUACAGCUACCUUUCGAAAUCGCUCAUCACAGGUGCCAUCACCUGCUACCUACUGCUAUUCGUACUUCACUGCACAUGGGUAACUUCGAACGCCUACUCCUCGCCAUCAGUGGUGCUCGCCUCACGUUUGCCUGAUGGCAGUCAACACAUCAUUGAUGACUACCGCGAGGCAUACUACUGGCUGCGACAAAACACCGAGCCGACCGCCAAGGUUAUGAGUUGGUGGGAUUACGGAUACCAGAUCGGUGGAAUGGCAGACAGACCAACGCUUGUCGACAACAACACCUGGAACAACACUCACAUUGCUACUGUCGGAAAAGCAAUGUCGAGUCGGGAGGAAGUUUCGUACCCGAUCAUGAAGCAGCAUGAAGUUGACUAUGUCCUUGUUGUCUUUGGUGGUCUCCUUGGCUACUCCGGUGAUGACAUGAACAAGUUUCUGUGGAUGGUCAGAAUUGCUGAAGGUAUCUGGCCAGACGAAGUCAAAGAGCGCGACUUCUUCACAGCUCGCGGAGAGUACCGCGUGGAUGAUGAAGCCACUCCAACCAUGCGCAACUCGCUCAUGUACAAGAUGAGCUACUACAACUACAACACUCUUUUCCCUGCCGGUCAGGCCACCGACCGAGUACGAAACUCGAAGCUACCAGCCGCUGGGCCAGAGCUUUCUACACUUGAGGAAGCAUUUACCAGCGAGAACUGGAUCAUCAGAAUUUACAAGGUGAAAGAUUAUGACAACCUUGGCCGUACGCACCAGGAUGCGACGAGCUUUGAGAAGGGCAACAAACGAAAGAAGGCAGGCAAGCGUAGAGGAGCCCGCGUGCUUCGCGUUGACUAGAUGUAAACCAGAAGCCGCCAGUAUGUCUAAAAAACAACAGCUCAACAAAAGUUGGGGCUCCUUCGGGCUUAUUGUAGUAUAACUAGACUAAUUCACGGCCUUGUAAGAAGGGUCCUUCCGAAAG